CUCGACAUGGCUGUGGCUUUGACUCAACAUACACGGCUUUGCGAGCGACCCUGGAAACUAUAACCAGUUGAGAGAGUGAGGCGAAAAUCAUCUUAAUGAAAGUCAUAAGUGGGGUUGGAUGGCCAUGGACCCAUUCAGCCAGCUUAUCCUCACCAUCUCGGUGACCAGUUUCCUCACCUUCCAGUGGCUCUUUCACAAAGUCAGCCCCUGGAUGUCCAUGCAAAUCAGCCCUGGCUUCCUUGGCCUCACUGACAAGCAGAAGGUGGAAUGGAACUCAAGGACAGUGUCAACAUUUCACGCACUGUUGGUGGGAAUCUUCUGUCUCUACAUCUUGUUCUUUGAUGAUGCCGUCAAUGAAGACCCAGUUUGGGGAGACCCUACACUGGUGAAGACUAAUGUUGCCAUCACAACAGGCUACCUCAUAUCUGAUUUGCUGCUAAUAUUUUACUAUUGGAAGGCGAUAGGUGACAAGUUUUUUGUAGUUCACCAUCUGGCAGCGUUGUAUGCUUACUACUAUGUACUGGGCCAAGGAAUGUUGCCUUAUUUUGCUAACUUCCGUCUGCUUGCUGAGUUUUCUACACCAUGCGUGAACCAGCGCUGGUUCUUUGAGGUACUAGGUUAUCCCAAGUCCUCCAGGCCCAACAUGGCCAAUGGUGUUGCGAUGGCAUUAGUCUUUUUCAUGGUCCGCAUCGCCGUCAUGCCACUCUACUACGGUCGUAUGUUUGCAGUUUAUGGCACUGAGGCCUUCUACCUUGUGCCCUGGGGUGGCCGUGUGGCUUGGAUCUGCUCCAGUAUCUGCUUGGACAUCAUGAACAUUAUGUGGAUGCAUAAGAUUGCCCGCGGCUGCUACAAGGUGUUGCGUGCAGCACGCCUGAGCAAAGCCGGCACACCUCAAGAGAAUGGGAAGACAGAUUAAGGGAACCAUGGUGUAAGUGGUGAGAAAACGUCACACUAUAGACAAAAUGACGUCUUUCUCAGUGCAUUGGUGAGCAUUAGUUUGGACCCAUACAUGUCAAGCUGCUUCAGUAUUAGCACACCGGGAACUUGUGACAUUACAGGGCCGAAUGUAAUGAGGGAAACUGAGAUUUUUUGUACAGCGGACAUAGUCACUGAGAAGUACUGAUGGACCAUUUAACUGGCCAUCCUUAAGCCAAGAAAUGACGUCUUAGCAAUACUCUGUGUGCAUGGCCAAUUAUUUUUCUCUUGAACAGUUUAUCACAACACAAAAGGGGUCAUCCUGGGAGAGUAUAUUGUUAGCCCAAUCACAAAUUGUCAAAAGAUUUACCGUUCUUUACAUACUUAUUGCUCAAUAAAAGAAAUUUUAUUUAAAAAUUAAGUUCAUGUUGAUGAUUAAGCAAAGAUUUGAGGGAACCUCGAAAACAUUUACUGAUUCCACAAUAAUAGUCAGUGCCAUAAAAUCAUUGUCAGAUGCCUGUUGAGGGAGAAGGGACAAGCUUCCUUUUUUUACCCCUCUUUAGACAAAUUUGCAGGGACUUGAUUGAGACGCAAUCAGAUCUCAUGAAGUGUAGUAGAAUAAGUAUGAAUAAAGCAAAUUCAUCAGUCAUCGACUGUCAUUUAAUUAAGAAUUUCAUUUAAAAAGCCAGCCUUCAGGAAAUGUAUUGGAUUUGCAUCAAAUGUUUAAUUUAAAUAGUGUAAGGCUUGAACAGGCAUCAGUAUACUGUAUGUUGUCUGUUUCUUUGGUCAUACAGGGGGCGAGGCAAAUGGAUUUUUAAAGACAUAAACAGUUAAACAGGACACUUUACUUCAGUACAGAAGAGCUAAAAGGGAAACUGAAUGUCAAUACUGUGUUUUACUCUGACAUUAAGCAAUGCAUGAACAGUAAUUUUCCUUAAAGAAAUACUGAGGCCAUAGUUAACAUCUGAUUUGUAAAUCCACAUGAUUUAAUGUGUGUACAACGUGAUAUUUCAUAGAAUGCAAAAAAAAAAGUUUUACAAUACAUAAACAAAAAUAUGUUGUUUACACUAUUAUGUGGGAGUUGGCAUUGUAUCUGUUUCACAUUGUGCAAUGCAUGUUAAGGGUUGAAACUGACCUGGAGUGCCGAUAUGGAAUCAGUGUCAUAGACAAACCUAAAAAAAUUUAAAUACAGAUUACAAAGAGUGACUUCUUUUACAUGUUCCAUUUAUACUAAGAGGUUUGAUGGGAGAUGUUAGUGGGAUUCUGAAACUCUUUUAUACUUUUUCCAUCAUCAGUUGUUGAUCUGAGGUUUACAUCAUGUUCACAAUUCCUUUGUAUGAUAUCUUUUCAGCCACAAACUGUUAAUUUUAUCCCUGGGCAAUAUUUGCCAACAAGCUGCAUGCUGCUAUGUUUGUUUUCCUUGAAGGAAUUGAGGAGUUUAGCCAUGAAAUUCUAUUCAGUACAUGAUUUCAGUAAAUUCAUUUUUAAAAUGAAUGAAUUUGUUUGUGCAUAUUUUAAUUUUGUGUAAAAUCAAAGACAAUAAUCAGUGUUUCAGAUGGUAAAAGUUUGUCAAAAAUAUUUUGUAAUUGUUAAAGAGCAUUUUAAUAAAAAUAGCUUCUGUCUCAUAUUAUAUAUGAUUCCCAAUCAGCUGUUAAACUCAAUGUGCACUUCCAUAUUUAUUCAUCCGAUCGAUACAUUGGUGGUGUUUUGUUAAGAGUAUGUAUAAAUACAUAGAAAAGUUGUGAAGAUUCACAUGUUAUAAUUGUUUUCUUAAGCAUCAUUGUACUGACCAUCAUACAAAACACUGAACACAUGGAAGAAUUCAGCUUAAAUGUAUUUAGGACAAAUGUGUCAUUUUAUUCAAAUUAGAAGUUACAAUUCAUAGAUGAUUUACAAAACGUACUUGAAUUUUCAUCGUAAAUGUAUCUUUUUAUGAGCUGUACAUCAAAAGCUGUCAAAUGUUCGUGAAACAGAAACAGGGAUUGUUAAUUUUUAAAGUAUGCCUUGCUAUGUUCAGAAUUUGAUUUUGUUGUCUUUUUAAAAAAAAAAAAGAUUGCACAGUGAAUAUUUUCUUACACCCAACUCUUCAAAACACUGUGAUUUACUUGUGUGUUUUCCAUGUUUAAUGCUUGUCUAUUGUGAUUUUUUUGCCCUUGUAAUAGAUCAGUUUGUAUGUAAAACCAAGAGGCUUGUUAAGGCUUGUUGUUUUAUUGUUAUUACUUUUAUUGCGAUUUAUAAAAUUUCAAAAAUGUAUGUAUAUGUGCCAGUGCUUGAGCCAUUACUACUCCAUGGUAAAAACUUAUGGUGUCUUCAUGAAAGGUCAUGAAAUUAUGCUUUCUUUUUCUUCCAUGAGGAUUUUCAUACAACAGUGCCAACUUGCAACCAUGAUUCAGUGGUUCAGAUAAGUUCUCUUCUCAAAACAUGCUGCGGCUAGUCACAGUUGUAAUGAUGAGGCUCAGUUUGGUAUGCCAUGGUAAAACUUCAUUUAGUUAUGCCAUUGAACCAAUGUCUUUGGAACAGGAUGGACUUUUGACAGCUGAUUAUGGGUGUAUGUCAUCUACACUACAAGUGGAUAUCACCAUCGCACAUCUUAGAAAGGAGUCAGGAUGUGGUAUCUGUUAAUAUUUCACUGGAGUUAAUUAGAAAUCAUGCAAAGGUUUCAGGAAAGCAGCAGACUACCACUUCUGGUAGAAUCAGGGGUGGCUCAGUAUGCAAGGUCAUGCAUGGUCAAUAUGGUCUUCUUCGAAUGCACCCUCUGUAACUGCAUGUGGUAUUGCAUGGUGAUUGCACUGUUAAAAUAAUAGCAUAUAUAUGUGUGAGACUUUUUUUUCUUUGUUUUUUUUUUUUCUUAGUACAUGUACACAAUGUUUACUUAAACGUUAUUGUUGUACUGUGCCACAUAAUGUAAUCCACAGAUGAUGAUCACAGUGGUGUGGCAAGAACAUCAUAAGUAGAAGUUAAAAUAAUAUCCAGCACAUCUGAAUGUCUGAAUGUUGGACAGAGGAGAGACGUGAGUAGGUAGAGUGUUUAGUGACAUUCUGUAAAUGUGUUGGAGGUGAGAAAAUAUUUGUCAUUUACAUUUUAUUUUAAUUAAAUACUAAGUUAAUUUAUGUGAUGUAAUAGUCAAGGAAAAGGGUUUGUUGGAACAUUUGAGGACAUAAUUAAGGAGCCUUUAAUGUGUUAUAUGGAUUUCAUUAUGCUGCCCAGAACAUGAUCAAAGUCAUAAUAACUGAGUGGGACAUGGUAACAUAAGAGCCUAAUUAGUCUUAAACACAAUUAUUUUAAGACAUCGUUUUGCCUUUGCUCACACGAUACCAUUUGCUUUGAAGAAAGCAAUGUAUAGAAAUAAUUCACUGUUAAUAAAUAUUUAGAGUGAACUUUCUAAUCUUAAUUUUAUUACUGAUUUUUUCCUGGCAGCUAUUACAGUGCUUAGUUGGAUCGAUUUCUUUAAGUGAUAUUUCAUGGAAACCUAAGACCACCAAAGCACCUUUAAGUCUUACAAUACCAUUAAUGCCUACAAAGUGUAUAUGUAUAUAGGGACAACAGUAAUAAUACCAAUUUAUAUGGCUUACAUCAUAUUUUCACAAAGUUUAUUUUUCAAAAACUUUUCCUACAAAAUGCCCUGAAAAGCAUUGGCCCUAAAAGGCUUUUUGUUUACAAAACACAUGGCAGAUACUUUUUGCCCCUUUAUGGUAAAAGCAAGGUAAAAUCUUUUGAAACAAUGCCACAUAAAUCCUAAUCAGCUAUUUUUAUUUAUCCCAGUCUGUGAUGGUGUUUGUAGUGUUUUUGCAUAAGGGUUUCUGUAAAGACAAUAGUUGGUUCACAUUCAAGCUGUUCAUAUUUUCUACACAAAAAUAUUCAAAUACUAAGAAUAAGUGCUUCAGUCUUAAAGUUAACAGUUAUUUUUGUCAUACUUAAACACAUGGGUGUAAUCAACAACAUAUUAUUAUGAUGAGGACCAACUACAUUCAUUUCCAUGAGAUGUCUCAUUGCCAUAAUAGGUAAUGUCUUACAUGAGCCACUAGAGGACAGUGUUGCCCUAUAUUUCUAUUCUCUGUGGUCUUGCUUGACAGAUCUGUAACCACUAUGGGGCUUUGGUUUGCAAGUCUUUAGGUUUCUGUUUUCUAGUCAUCAUCAAUCAAAGGGGUAAACUCAUUGAUGUAUUUACCAUAGACUGAAAAAG